UGUGCUGUUGGACAUUGUUGUGAGACUGGGACAGGGACAGGAUGGCUUCCUCAUCCUGCGACAAACCUUCAGGCCUUAAAAAGAAGAGUGAGAAGAAAAUUGCAUCCAAGGAGGAAUAUAGAUUUCUGUCUAAUAUAAUGGGAAUCAUGAAUAACUUGAGGAAACAGGGGAUCUUGUGCGAUGUUAUACUUGUGGUCCAGGGGAAACACAUCCUCGCACACAGAGUGGUCCUGGCUGCCGCGAGCCACUUCUUCAACCUCAUGUUUACUACCAAUAUGAUGGAGGCCACAAACCAUGAAGUGGAGCUCGGAGGCGCAGAGCCGGAGAUCAUCGAGCUGCUGGUGGAGUUUGUCUACACAGCCCGCAUCUCAGUCAACAGCAACAAUGUCCAGUCUCUGCUCAAUGCUGCUAACCAGUACCAGGUAGAGCCAGUAAAGAAAAUGUGUGUGGAUUUUCUGAAAGAGCAAGUGGAUGCGACAAACUGCCUCGGUAUCAGUGCAUUGGCUGAGUGCCUUCACUGUCCCGAGCUGAAGACUGCAGCAGACGAGUUCAUCUAUCAGCACUUUACAGACGUGUACAAACUGGAUGAGUUCCUGCAGCUGGAUGUGAAGCAGGUCACACAUCUGCUCCACCAGGACACACUGACGGUCAGAGCUGAAGACCAGAUCUAUGAUGCUGCCGUGCGGUGGUUGAAGUAUGACGUGUUGAAUCGGCAGAAGUACAUCGUGGAUGUACUGAGCAAAGUGCGCUUCCCACUCGUGUCCAAAAACUUCCUGAGUAAGACCGUGCAAGCUGAGCCUCUCAUCCAGGACAAUCCUGGGUGCCUCAAAAUGGUUAUCGGCGGAAUGCGUUACCAUCUCCUGUCUCCUGAGGACAGGGAGGAACUGGGCGAAAGCAGUCGUCCACGCCGCAAGAAACAUGACUUCCGCAUCGCACUGUUCGGUGGAUCACAGCCACAGUCCUGCCGCUACUUCAACCCCAAGGACUACAGCUGGACCGAUAUCCGCUGCCCCUUUGAGAAACGGCGCGAUGCGGCAGCUGUUUUCUGGGACAACGUGGUGUACAUCCUCGGAGGAUCACAGCUUUUCCCCAUUAAAAGAAUGGACUGUUACAAUGUGGUGAAGGACAGCUGGUAUUCCAAACUGGGGCCUCCUAACCCCAGAGACAGUUUGGCAGCCUGUGCAUCCAAGGGCAAGAUCUACACCUCAGGUGGCUCAGAAGUGGGGAGCUCUGCACUGAACCUGUUUGAGUGCUACGACACUCGGACAGAGACUUGGCAGAACAAACCCAGCAUGCUCCAGCCUCGCUGCAGCCACGGCUCGGUGGAGGCUAAUAACCUGAUCUACGUGUGUGGAGGCAGUCUGGGGAAUAACGUAUCCGGCAGAGUCCUCAACAACUGCGAAGUGUAUGACCCCAACACAGAGGAAUGGAGAGUGCUGUGUGGCAUGAGGGAGGCCAGGAAGAAUCACGGCCUGGUGGUGGUCAACUCGAGGAUCUACGCUGUGGGUGGACAGAACGGCCUCGGUGGUCUGGACUCAGUGGAGUAUUACGAAAUUGGCAGUAAUGAGUGGAAAAUGGCGUCGCCGAUGCCGUGGAGAGGCGUGACGGUGAAGUGUGCAGCUGUGGGAUCGGUCAUCUACGUGCUGGCCGGAUUCCAGGGAGUGGGCCGUUUGGGUCAUAUCAUGGAGUACCACACAGAGACGGACAAAUGGGUGACGUCGAGCAAAGAGCGUGCUUUCCCUGUCACCAGCUGCCUCAUCUGUGUGGUAGACACCUGCGGAGCCAAUGAGGAAGAAAUGAGCUCUUUUCAUGAACCUUCACCGUCUACGUCGUCUGCCUCAUCAUCUUCCGCAUCCUCAGCUCCUACAGCACAUGGACAAUGCUGACUUUGA